ACGCCAAAAGAUGAAAUGCAAAUGUUAAACUGCCGAUAGAGAGAGUGCGUGUGGUGAAGUACACACUCUCUUGAAACCAAGAGCAACGUGGGGCAGCACUCGUCCUCAGGAUGGCCUGCGGUGUCGAGGUUAGAGGCGGAGGGCGCCUGCACAGGGAGCUGUGCUACGUGGAGGUUUAGUCUGGUCAUUUUGCUCCACUGUAUACGGUUGUUUAUGGCUCAUUGGGAGACACACAUUGAGAGACGAAUAUUGUCUUUGUUGUUCGUUUUUAUGUGGCUUGUUUAUGCUGAGUGUCCCAAAAAAAGGUAUUUUAUUCUGAAAAGCGGCCGGAACGUCCACACACACACGCUCUCUUUCGCCCUCCACACAGUGCGCGUAUGUGUGUGUGUGUGUGUGUGUGUGUGUGUGUGUGUGUGUCGGCCGUCAGCCGAAUACCGCGUUAGAAGCUGUGCGUGCACACACAGAUACUUUGCCGGGACCGAAGCAGCCCUAAGCAUCCUAAAGUCUGACCCGGGCUCCGCGCGCGUGGGGGCGGGAGGAGGAGGAGGAGGAGGAGAAGGAGGGGUGGGGGUCCGCUCCGGAGGCGCUCCAUGGCCUGACCCGCGUUACCCCGCGGCGGCGGAGUAGCAGCUGCAGCAGCCGAGCAGCCUUCGAGAUGCUCCGGGCUUCUCUCUCCUGCAGCCGCACAACGACACCCACAGCGGGCCGCGGAGGACGCGAUGCUGUUCAGACGCAGAGCCAGGAUGUUGCGGUGGCUGGUUCGUGGUCGGGUGGGUCCAGUCUGGAUGUGGAAAGCGUUGAUGCUCUUCGUUGCCAUUGGCUUCGCUGGCCAGCUGUUGGGGGUCAUCUUCAACAAGAGCAGUCUCCAGACAGCUGGUCGCUCCAUCUUCACGUCCGCUGAUGCCCAGGGCCCGUCUCUGGGCUCCUGUCAGCCCCACACCCACAUCAUGUUCCUCAAGACCCACAAGACGGCCAGCAGCACCGUGCUCAACAUGCUGUCUCGCUUCGGGGAGGAGCGAGACCUCCGCUUCGCCUUGCCACUGGGCUACCAGCUGGGCUACCCGCUCCCCUUCAACGCCCACAGGGUCAAAGGUUACCGAGGUCCCCGGGCCGUGGAGUUCCACAUCAUGGGCAAUCACAUGAGAUUUAACAAGCCCGAGGUGGAGAAGGUGAUGCCUGCAGACACCUUCUAUUUCUCCAUCAUCAGGAACCCGGUCGCUCUGACCGAGUCCUCCUUCGCCUAUUAUAAAGAGGUAGCGCCCGCCUUUCGGAAAGCCAAAACCUUGGGCGAGUUUGCCGACGACCCUAAGAAGUACUAUGACCCUCGUCUCCGCAACAACCACUACGCCCGCAACCUGUUGCUGUUUGACUUUGGCAUGGACCACAAUGCCAAUUUCUCGGCGACGCUGGCUCAGCGCGCCGAGGAAAUGAUCCGCCAGACCUUCAGGCUGAUUCUGGUGUCCGAGUACUUUGACCAGUCCAUGAUCCUGCUGAGACACGCCCUCUGCUGGCCGCUGGACGCCGUUGUCUCCUUCAGCCUCAAUGCCCGGCAGCAGAAGCUCGGCGGCAUCGGAGGGUUGAGCGGCGGCUGGGUGGGCAGAGUGGCGACGGUGGCCGGUGUUGGCGGAAAAGGGAGACGCUCACAAGCCAAGAUAUUAACCAAUGUAACGGAGAAGCAGCGGGAAAAGCUGCGGCAGUGGAACGCCCUGGACUGGCAUUUAUACAAAUCCUUCAACCAGACCUUUUGGGAAGAAAUCAACCGGUUCGGUGUCGCCCAGAUGGAGGAGGAAGUAGCUCUUCUCAGGAUGCGGCGGGAAGAGUUGGCCCAUGUUUGUCUCAGGGAUGGCGGGAAGCCGGUGGAGGCGCAUCGGAUCCGAGACAGAAACAUCCGCCCGUACCAGAGCGGGUUGGUGAAGAUUCUCGGCUACGAGCUCCAGCCGGGGCUGGACAACGCCACGAGGACGGCCUGCCUGAGGAUGAUCCGGCCCGAGAUCCAGUACAAAGACGUGCUGGACGCGAAGCAGUUCCCGCGUCCUGUGGCGGCCCAAGCCCAGCCAGAGGCCCACAAACAGAAUCUGGUGGUGGCAGCCGGCGGCUCUCUUUUAAGACGAGACUCGUCCAGGACGAGAGAGAGGCCGAUGGGCAGGUGGGUUGCGGGGAGGACUUUGGAGGAGGGGGAGAGAGACUGGGACGGAAACCGCUUAACGAGGAGGAACCAGACUUUGAUAGGGGGGCAAUAUAAAGGACGAUUGAGUUGAGGGAUGAGGCGGGUCUGCUUCCUGAAUACAGUACCUUUGGUCUCUGAACAGACGGACUAAUGAAAGUGAGCCAAUUGCGAUUUCCACAAGAAGACAAAAAAACUCCUCCUUUGCACUUCCACUUUUUGAGUUGUUUGCUUGUUUUCGGUCUCUGAUUUUAGUCGGUGUAAUUAUCGUGGACUACUUGACCCUUUGGAUGAAAGGACUUGUUUUUAUAUUAGGAAAAUUGUUUUUUCAUGCUGCCGGUAGCUUCUGCGUUGUUGUUUAUUCGUCGACGCACUGUUUGAUUCCCUGUUAAUUGUAACACUUUUGAGAGUGACGAUUUUCACGUUGUCCUUGGCACACAUGCUGGAAACUUCUGGAUUUUUAAAGGUGCACGUGGCCCCAGUCUUUGCCUCUCAUGCAGCACACAAACACAAAGCUGUGACUGCAUUUGUGAAUCAACCGCAGCUGGAAAUUCCAUUUCCUAAUAUUUAUUGCUUGUCGAAAUGGAUUUUUCCCUUCAAUCAGUUUUAUCUUUCAAUGCAAAAUAAUGUUAAAAAAACGAGCAAGGACAUUUGUUAUUUCUAUCCGAAUAAGGAAACAUAGUCGAACUAUGGAUAAAAACAUCUCGUUCUUAUCGUGCAGCGGGCACAAUUAGUGAUACUAAAUAUCAUUAAACAACCUUUUGUUUUUUUCCAAAGAUUGCAUGCUUUGCUGUGUGUCUCUGGUAACACGUGAGAGGCACACACUGGGGUCCAACACCAAUGUCCCUUUGUGAAGUCACUAUAGGCUGGUACUUGUUCACGGACAAAACAGAAUUAGGAUACGCGUUCUGUUUCUCUGACGCAAACUCUUGGUCGGCUCGGCUUCAAAGCGGACACCGGGUCACCGGCUCCAGACCGGGCUCGGUGUCGACCGCUUCUUAAAUAUCUCUUAAUAAUACAGGGGAAAGGGAUCCGAGGCCCGGGCUCCUGUUCGCCAGUGUGCCUGAUACUCGCCGGCCUGCAGGAGUCCGUUUAAUAUGUGCCGUUUGGGAACAUUCCUUCACUCGGUGAUGUGCUGAGGUAGCCGCGCGGCACACGCUGGGGUGUUACCAUGGAGACCCAUUGCAAGAGGAAAUUAAUAUAUCGUUGUGAAUCUCAAGGCUGCUGCAUGAUAACGGUGAAUGCUUUUUAAUGACUUCAGCUCCCCAGAAUGCCUUUCCAGAUCAACUCGGAGCAGCAUGUCAGCAGGUAUUCUGGGAAUGUCAACUCGCUGUGUGGUCAGACGAAGACACACUCCAGCUCCCACGCCAAGCCACGGACACUAACAAUCAAAUCCAUUAACUAAACAACGAAAGCCAAUCAUAAGCAAUGCAUGGAGAGACGAGACCCAUAGAAAUAGGCAAUACGUCAGAAUUUAGAAUUGUUUAUUGGCCAAGGACGUCGCACAUACAAGGGAAACCAUGUCUCACAAUGACCAGAUGUAAAAUAAAACAUAUCCUUAAAAAGUAUGUCAAACAUACAACUCAUCUUAGAAACAUUAUAUUAAGGCCAUUUUACGUGUAAAGGAACUGUAGAGACAAUUCAUAAUGUCAGCCACUUCCCCCAAGAGGCUGACAUGAAUAAAUAAAGAAGAAAACAACUUGAGAUUAAAGUGGUGAAUUAGCGAGAGAGAAACCCACAGAUUUACAAGACAAACUCGUCCCGUCAAAGAACCGCAUUGCCUCCCUCCGCAUCAACGCUAACCACCACGUGCAAAGCCGCGGUGACACCGGCUGCCUAAGAGUUAUGGUUAGCCGGAGGUGAUCGGUGGGAUGCUGAAUAUGGUCUCUGAGGCGCUCUGUGCAAACACUUCAUCCUCAAGUCAGACCUGAUUGGCGUGGUUAGGCUGGUGCAACAUUGUGAAGCAAAAAGAAGGGUUUAAACGGAUCAGGACAAGAGGAAGUGUUGUGUGCAAAAAAAUAUAUACAAGCAGGGUAAAUCUGUGACAAAGGAAGGCCUGGUUCUGGACAAGCAUGUUGAACUGUCUUUAAUUUGACGUUUCAAAGUUGCUUUCUUUUACUUCACAUGUUAAGUGUUGGGGAGGAAAAAAAGGUGAAGAUUGUUUGACUUUAGAUCCGUUACGAGUUACGAAAGCACUUGAGAACAUUGUGAACCAACUCAGCUCUCCUCUGCCUCUGAUUGGCUGAGCGUGGUAUACUUACCCGAACUCUAACCAAUCUCACUGCUCAUGCUGCUCAAACCUAACCAAACCAACAAAGGCUACGAGCUCAAGCCUCGUGGCGUGAUUUGGCCCGACGAAGGUGUCGCCCAUGACGCUGCCUGUCAGUGGCCGGGCGGGUCACCUGAUUCAACAGCAAACAUCUCGUAGCCAAGUUGGCUUACGAGAUGUUUGCUGUUUCAUCCGUCUCCGUCCACCAUGUCCUUUCUGCCUCUGCCACGUUUCACAAGCUUUCUCAGAACUGAUAACUUUAUCUUGGCCACAGGUCGUCUGGAGGUCCUUUUUACCAAAUGAACAAAACGCCUCCAACACCUACUCGUAGACCCAAUUUGUAAAUCGACAAUAGCGGCACGACUUACUUUGAUGGUCCUUUUGAGAACUUCUCAUCCGUGGCCUGUAUUACGACCCGGGCCACAAGGGGGGGGGGGUCUGGGUUUCGGUCCCGGUCCGCUCGCUUUGGUGUCAACUGGUGUCAAGUUCCACCUCGUCGUUCAAGGAGAGAGAUUCAUGGGCGAGUUGCCCGUCUGCUGCGGUUUCACUCUUUCUGUGCCGAUGGAUAUUGAGAGUAAUAUUCUGCAGGUACGGGGAGGCCCCUCAUGACACCCUUUAUAGUGACUUAUUGCGUUGACAGACACCCAACAAUUUGGACGAGCUGCAGCAGAUGAAAUGAGGACUAAAUGAGCGUGCCGAUAGCUUGACAUCAUACACAUGCUCCGACCAAUCAGAACUGAACAUUCUCUAUAAAUGUAUAUUGUGUUGCGGUCAGCUUGCAGUUUGUUGGCGCUCCAGUUGGCCAUUUGAGUGAUCGAUGCUUAUAGUCCCAAACAAAGAGUGUUCCACAGAACGGCCGAGCGUGUGAAUGGUGUCACCUUACAGCAGAGGGGGGAACCGGGUGCACUGCAUUGUGUGGUCAUGGCUGCCUCCUCUGUUUCCUCCCGUGAAUGUGGGGUCUGUUGUUCAGCUUCUUCUGGACACUGAGGAAAUAAAUGAAUUCAGUGGGAGCUCAAAUGCAUAGAGACGUACCUGUGUGUGUGUCCUUGUUCCCUCCGUCCCGGCUAACGUUGGUUUCUCUUCAUUCCACUACAAUGGAAAGCUCAACUUGAGUUAUAUAAUCCAUCGUUACCGUGGCCUUCAUGUGGAAUGGGGAGCCUCACACUGUACCACAGUGCGGCGCGGCUACCUCAAAACACCGUUUGUGUUGCUGAUAAAAUGUGAAGUUGGACAAAUGGCCCAGUGAGGUCUCUUCUAAUAAAGUCAAGGCAAAUCAAAAAUGCCGCUGGGUUUCUUCCUCUCACCUCACAGACCAGUGCCGUUUAAGCCGUGUGUUCAGUGCUGCCACCGGUGAAAGGAGUCUUGAUGAGAAUAUUAGCUACAGCCUGUGGGGUUUCUUCCAUUCUUCUUCUUUAAAGAGCUCUUAGAUGCCCUCACUGAAAUUAAUGUAUUAUUUAAAAAAACGAAAUGACUUUAAAAAGUACAUACAGUUCAUCCCCAAAAUUUAGAAAAAACAUAUUUCCCCUCUGACCUGUAGUGCUACAUAUCAAUCUAGAUUGCUGAAAGUUCCGAUGUAACGGAACUAGAGGGGACUCUGCUCGCGGGGCUCAAAGCGAAAACACAUUUGAAGAGCUCAACGGCAAACGUCUCUUUCCAGAGGUCGUGACCCGGCUACUCGAGAUGAUCCUCGCCGUAAACCCGCGCGAUACCGCUCGCUCAUCGCCACGCUAGCUAACGUUACAGCUGUGCCUGUGAAUUUAACAUGUAGAUUAGAUAAUUGGGACUAUUAUUCUUAACUGAGGAUAUUAGUUGUCUCUCCUUCAAGCUGGGGCAACCACUGUUGACCGAACGGCAACGCACAGAACAGAGACGAGCUUCGUUUCACGCCUUAGGAUGCAAUCGUAUUACGGAGCCGGGCUUUAAACCAACAUCCUUCUGUAUUUAUUAUUCUAAUUGCCAUUUUGUACAUACUGUAUUUAUGAGGGGAUGUCACAGUGUGGCGGAAUCUGUUACUGAUGUUUUUUUAUGUACCCCCCCCUCCCUGUAUGCCACUCAGAAAUGAUGUUUGGCUCAUAAUUCAGUGGGAUCAUCUAUUGAUUUCGCCUGAUGAUUAGCGCGAUUAUGAAGGGGUUGUAUCACGCUAUUGUUUUACACAAUGUAAUCGUCCACAUGUGGAAUUUCAGCAGAAAUUAGAAAUACAAUUCAUCCCAUUGAACAGACUAUUUCAGAUGUGAUUGAUUUAUUUUUCCUUCUCAAAAUCAGUCUGUAUUAUGCAUAUUGUCUCAUAAAUAUAAUAUUGUUUAUUUCAUAAGCGAUGUCGAUCUUGAAAUGAUUUUCUCUGAAUUAUUAUUAAUAUUAAUUCACAAAUCUUUCACACUGCACACACACACACACACACACACAUCCUAGUCACACAGGUUGCAGAGAGGCAAAUGAAGACUCUCUUCCACAUACAGUUCAGCUUUGUUUGUAUUCUUCCAGGAGAAAUGGGAUGCUAAUGUUGAUGUCUUUUUUUUUUACUGACAUGGUACUGUGACAUUUUGUCUUGCUAUUUACUCGUUUUAAAGUUUUCACACGUGAACACGUUGUAUGUUACAUUGAGUGUCCGAGUAAAAGGUAUUCGUCUUGUGUCAGUCUCAGUCAGCAGAGGUCUGGUGCACAGCGGGAUCCGGUUCCUACCACUUCAUCUGAGCAGCUUUGUGCUGCCAUUACAAAAAACAUUGUCAGGAAACACUUCAUUUCUCUAAUAUUCUCUCAAGUUGUUACAGAUUUGACUCGACUGGACUGAGCAGCGGUGCAUUCAGAAAGCACCGGUGUACUUUGACUUGGAUCUUACUUGAACAUUUUGGGGGGGGGGGGGGGGAACUUGUGCUAGAUCAUGUGUGCAUCUGUUUUUUUCCCUUCUUUUUCUUGUACUGAAUAAAAGCUACAUUUAUUUGA